CCGCAAGCUUCGUUCUGUGCUGUCGGUGGUUUUGUAUCGGUGUGUUGCUUAUUUCCAUUCCUUUCGUUUUCAGUUCUUCCUCAAUAGAUCUUUCCCCAUCUUUUUCUUCCGCGGAAAUACAAACAUGUCGCCUGCAAUGGCACAAGUCGGCGCCGGCUCGGCCGCAAAGGAUGUCAAGAGGGAAUCAGGCACUGCGCGAUUACUCGGCUCUGGGUCUGCUGGUAUUGCGGAGUUGUUGGUUUUCCAUCCCGUUGACACCAUUGCGAAACGAUUGAUGAGCAAUCAAGGCAAGGUCAACGGCGUUGCUGGUCUCAACCAAAUCGUCUUCAAAGAAUAUGCCACGGCGUCUGCUGGCCGCAAAUUCACUUCUCUGUUCCCCGGUCUUGGAUAUGCUGCUGGAUACAAGGUGCUUCAACGAAUCUACAAAUAUGGUGGUCAGCCAUUCGUUCGGGAUUAUCUCGCCGAGAACCACGGUUCUGUUUUCGAUAAUACUUUUGGCAAAGGAACUGGAAAGGCUGUUAUGCACGCUACUGCCGGCAGUAUUGUUGGUAUCGGUGAAAUCGUUCUCCUUCCCCUUGAUGUCUUGAAAAUCAAGCGUCAGACAAAUCCCGAGGCAUUCCGUGGUCGUGGUCUGUUCAAGAUCAUUUCUGAUGAAGGAAUGGGCUUGUAUCGAGGUGCAGGCUGGACUGCUGCCCGUAAUGCUCCUGGCUCAUUUGCGCUAUUCGGUGGUUCUGCUUUCGCCAAGGAAUAUAUCUUUGCCCUCAAGGACUACAACGCUGCUAGCUGGUACCAGAACUUCAUUGCCUCGAUCUUCGGUGCCAGCGCCUCCCUGAUCGUCUCUGCGCCUCUCGACGUUAUCAAGACGCGUAUCCAAAAUCGCAACUUCGAGAACCCCGAAUCCGGAACCCGAAUCAUCGCCAACAUGAUAAAGAACGAAGGCCCCACCGCCUUCUUCAAGGGCCUUAUCCCCAAGCUGCUCAUGACCGGGCCGAAGUUGGUGUUCAGUUUCUGGCUUGCACAGAAUUUGAUUCCUGCAUUCGGAAAGGUUGUAUAAGUUCUCUUUUGGAGAUAUUGAUAUUCUUUUUUAUUUUUAAUCUUCUCUUUGGAGCCUCAGAUUCGGCGCGUCUGGCGAUGGGUUUUAUCAUUAUCUUUUAGUAUUAUUUAGAAUCGGCACAUAGUGUCUUGAGUACCGUCUGUAUGUAAUUUAUGGGUCAAAAUGAAACACACCUCCUUUCUCUGCA